AUGUUGACCUCCUCCAAUGGACUCAAGAUCGGAGUGUUGGGUCUUGGAGAAAGAGAGUGGCUCGGCAGCGUCAAUGCUCUCCCGCCUGAUCUGAUCUACAAAUCUGCAUCCGCAACAGCUCGGGUCCUUGCUAAGGUGCUCCGAGCCCAAGGAGCAGACCUCGUUAUCGCCGUGACUCACCAACGGGAACCGAAUGACCACAAACUAGCUAACAACCUUUCGCCCGAUCUUGUGGAUAUCAUUCUCGGUGGCCACGAUCAUUUUUACGCGCAUGCAAUUGUUAAUGGAAUUCAUGUGCUACGGUCGGGAACAGACUUCAAACAGCUGAGCUACGUCGAGGCUUUCCGUAAACCUGGUGGUUUACCUGGUUGGGACUUCAAUAUCACUCGGCGCGAUGUUGUUCGCUCAAUUCCCGAGGAUCCCGAUACCGUGGCAUUGGUAGCUCGGCUUACUUCUAGCUUGAAGGCCAAACUAGACAAGCCAAUUGGCUUCACGGUCAGCCCGCUCGACGGUCGUUUCUCAACUGUGCGGCAGCGUGAAUCUAAUUUGGGAAAUUUUGUCUGCGACUUGAUGCGCUUCUACUAUGGGGCCGACUGUGCCAUGAUGGCAGGCGGCACCAUUCGCGGCGAUCAAAUCUACCCGCCAGGGAUUUUAAAACUAAAGGACCUCUUGAAUUGCUUCCCCUUUGAAGACCCUGUGGUCCUGUUGCGGGUCCGUGGCCAUGCUCUACUGGCUGCACUGGAGAAUGGGGUAAGCCAGCUCCCCGCACUGGAGGGCCGAUUCUCGCAAGUAUCAAACAUCAGUUACGGUUUCAGGUUGGAGGCGCCGUCGGGGUCACGCAUUACGUUUGCUCAUGUAGGAGGUGAGCCCAUUGACUUGCAACGGGAUUAUGUUCUCGCCACGCGCGGAUACAUGGCUCGAGGAAAAGAUGGAUUCGCGUCGUUGCUUAUUCAAGCCGAAGGAGGCGAGGUGGAGGAACUUGUAUCUGAAGAGAGUGGUGUGCUUAUCAGUACGAUCCUUCGGCAGUACUUCCUAAGUCUUAAAGUACUCGGUAAAUGGAACCGUUGGAGCGCUAGCCUGGGCCGUCAUUGGGGUACUGUACAUCGCAGUUUGCACGGUGAGGGCUGGCUAAAGCCACCAACUGCCAAAUCAUCCCUCAAGAAAGAAAAAGCACCAGGGAAAUACUUGAAUGAUCGACCUACACUGCGUCGGACAGCUCGAUCGGCUUAUUACUACGGUCGAUUUCCCGAGGAAAAUGAGCUAGAUACUGACGACGCCAUCGGGGCGGAAAUGAAUGGCAAUGCCAUGGACUCAGACUCAGAUGACAACCCUGAUAUUCUUACAUCCUCGCGACCCACGACCAAUUAUGUCACCCAGCCUGCGCAAUCCUCCGCUGAAGAGGAGCAUCGUCUACAAAUUGCGCGACGGGUCGUGCGAAAAUGGAUGCGGCACGCGGGCUUGCAGUGCAGGAAUUUGGAGACCAUGGACGGCGAAGGGGAGUUUACUCCGGCUUGGACCUCCGGAAUCUCUCCGCGUCUGGAAGGACGCAUCGUUAUAGAGUAG